AUGUGGCGUCACAUCGCUCUUUCUCAUGCCACAGCAUGUCUGGCUUGCUUUAUUUGCAUCGCCCUGAUCCAAGAGUCUCGUGCCGUAGCAAAGCCUGGUAGUGCGUUCUCGCGGAAGAGUAGAGACAGACAGAUCUCUUCUGUACAAGCUUUCGAUACAAGUCCAAAAGUAGAUUAUCGGCUACACGACUUUCUCUUCACGCCUCGAAUUCCUGACCUCCAAUACAGAGCUUACAUCAAUGAGCUUCCCAACACCCUUCGCCGACUAGGAUACCAAUCCGCACAGGUCAUGCCUAUCGCCUUGGACUUCACAGCUUUGCUCAAGAUCCAGAGCAUUGUGCGCGCUCAAAUGGCGCAACACAGCUCGAGGAAACAAUUCCUUCCCAUUCUGUUCAAUCCGCGCGUGUAUGGUCGUGGCAGACCAACCAAGGUUUACGCGAUGCCGCUCGACGGCAGAGGCUACACGAAAGAAGGUAUCAGAGAUUACGCUGGCUCGAACGGAAAGCAGAAAUUAGCUAUCUUAGGCACUGUUCUUGAUCUUCACACACACAUCCAGCCUCCUAUCGUCGAGCUCUAUGGGGUUGCGGAGGUGACAGGUGCCGCAAAGCUCCUUGCUGACUUGAAAAGCAAGUCAACCCAAGGGCAGGAGCUUCACAAUCUGGAACAGUUCCUCGAUCUGGACAAGAUCGCUUCCGGCACUCCCCAAGUUCCUGUUGCAGUUCUUGCUGAGGCGUCGCGAGGGAUCCCGAUUCACUAA